AUGACGGGGGCUUCGCAGGGCGGCGGCCAGGACGUCGCGGACCUGAUCGGCUUCCUCGCGAGCCCGAAGAGCGAGCUGCGGGAGAUGUCCGUGGACCUCGUGCAGGGUCUCACGGGCUCCUCGGACGGCAUCGAGAUGCUCCUGCAGCAGCGCACGCAGCUGUUCGAGCCGCUCCUGCGGCUGCUCGCCGACCCAGCCGCCUCCGUGUCGCGGGCCGCUGCGACGUCGCUGGUCAACCUGUCGCAGGACAAGCGCGGCGUCACGGAGCUGCUGGAGAGGGACGCGGUCGCGCGCGUCAUGACGCACAUCCGCGAGAUGUCGUGCCCGCACCACGACAUGCUGUGCAUGCUGCUGGCCAACAUCACCAUCGAGGAGGAGGGCUGCGAGGCGAUCCUGCAGACCGGCGACGAGCGCCUCGCGGGCCUCUUCGUCGCCGUGCUCCUCCGCCUGUUCGUCGACUCGCUCGGCCAGACCGUCGACCUGUACGAGCACGUGGCCCUGGUGCUCUGCAACGUCACGCGCAUCCGCAGCGCGCGCGAGGUCCUCCUGCAGAAGGGCCGCGGCCUCAUGCACGCCCUCACGCCGCAGCUCACGGCCACGUCGGAGCUCCGCCGCCGCGGGUGUGCGGCCGCCAUCAAGAACCUGUGCAUGGGCGCCGAGGCAGAGGGGACGCUCGCCGCCGUCCUCGAGGAGAAGCAAAACAUCGGCCGGAUUCUGGCCCGGCUGGACGCGGGCGAGGACCGGGAACAGGACGACACCGUGCGGGAGGCGCUCGCCGACGCCAUCCAGGCUCUGUCGCUGACGGCGGAGGGGCGCGACGUGCUGAUGGCGGUGUCCGCGAACGAGGUGCUCCGCGCGGGGUACGCGGUGGAGAAGAACAAGGAGGUUGCCGCGGCGAUGGAGUCGGCCGCCGAGGGCCUCAUGCGCCACGGGGACAUGCAGGCCGCCGUGCAGCAGUUCGCCACGGGCAAGCUCGUCACCAGCGACUGA